AUUUCCGCGAAAGCUUGAAGGUACAUUCAGAUAAGAACCCUAAUUUUCGCAAUUUCUACCCGGCAAUUCUUAUGCUCUGAGAGGGAUCGUUGAUUGUUGGCCGGGAGUGACCAAUUUGUCAAACGGACUGAUUUUGUUCCGGCGAAAAUGAGCGUUGUUGGUUUUGAUUUGGGUAACGAAAGCUGCAUUGUUGCUGUUGCUCGGCAACGAGGCAUUGAUGUUGUUCUUAACGAUGAAUCAAAACGGGAAACUCCUGCUAUCGUCUGCUUUGGUGAGAAGCAGCGGUUCAUUGGAACAGCUGGGGCCGCUUCCACGAUGAUGAACCCUAAAAACUCGAUCUCUCAGAUAAAGCGUAUGAUCGGGAGGCAGUUUUCUGAUCCCGAGUUUCAGCGUGAUAUUAAAUCCUUACCUUUUACAGUUACGGAAGGGCCGGAUGGUUUUCCAUUAAUUCACGCUCGAUACCUUGGAGAAACAAAGGUCUUUACCCCAACGCAGCUAUUGGGGAUGGUACUGUCGAAUCUGAAGAGCAUAGCAGAGAAGAAUCUAAAUGCGGCAGUAGUGGAUUGUUGUAUUGGAAUUCCGGUGUAUUUCACGGAUCUUCAGAGAAGAGCUGUUUUGGAUGCCGCUACAAUAGCUGGUUUGCAUCCUUUACGUCUGAUGCAUGAGACGACAUCCACAGCCUUGGCUUAUGGAAUAUACAAGACUGAUUUGCCCGAGAAUGACCAAUUAAAUGUCGCAUUUGUUGACAUUGGCCACGCAUCUAUGCAAGUAUGCAUUGCAGGCUUCAAGAAAGGUCAGCUGAAGGUUCUCUCACAUGCAUUUGACCGGUCUCUUGGAGGUAGAGAUUUCGAUGAAGCUUUGUUCCAGCACUUUGCAGCAAAGUUCAAGGAAGAGUACAAAAUUGACGUUUUCCAAAAUGCACGGGCAUGCCUUAGGCUGCGUGCGGGUUGUGAGAAGCUGAAGAAGGUACUCAGUGCAAAUCCAGAGGCACCAUUGAACAUAGAGUGCUUAAUGGAUGACAAAGAUGUCAGAGGCUUCAUCAAGAGGGAGGACUUUGAGCAGCUCAGUGUUCCAAUUUUGGAGCGUGUGAAGGUACCUUUACAGAAGGCUCUUGCAGAUGCGGGAAUAACUGUUGACAAUGUCCAUGCAGUAGAGGUUGUUGGUUCAGGGUCACGUGUUCCCGCAGUCAUCAGAAUAUUGACUGAAUUCUUUGGAAAGGAACCAAGGCGUACAAUGAAUGCCAGUGAAUGUGUUGCCCGAGGUUGUGCACUUGAAUGUGCAAUCCUCAGUCCAACAUUCAAAGUGCGGGAGUUCCAGGUCAAUGAGUGCUUUCCCUUCCCAAUUGCCUUGUCAUGGAAAGGGUCUGCACCUGAUUCACAAAAUGGUGCCACCGAUCAUCAGCAAAGCACCAUAGUCUUCCCCAAGGGAAAUCCAAUACCCAGUGUCAAGGCCUUGACAUUUUAUAGAUCAGGAACAUUUACAGUUGAUGUUCAAUAUGCUGAUGUGAGUGAAUUGCAGGCACUGGCAAAGAUCAGCACUUACACGAUUGGUCCAUUCCAAUCUGCAAAAGGUGAACGUGCAAAAGUGAAAGUGAAAGUUCGCUUGAAUCUGCAUGGCGUUGUGUCUAUUGAGUCAGCAACACUUCUGGAGGAAGAAGAUGUGGAAAUCCCAGUUGUAAAGGAGUCAGCAAGGGAGACUACAAAGAUGGAAACUGAUGAGGCUCCUGCUGAUGGUGCACCUGCUGCUGCAGGUGAAAAUGAUAUAAACAUGCAAGAUGCAAAAGGUAGCACUGAUGCAUCUGGUGUUGAAAAUGGUGCUCCUGGGUCUGGGGAUAAGCCUGUGCAGAUGGAAGCAGAUGCAAAGGUUGAGGUUCCAAAAAAGAAGGUAAAGAAGACAAAUAUCCCGGUUACUGAAUUUGUUUAUGGGGGAAUGCCACCUGUUGAUCUGCAAAAAGCUGUGGAGAAAGAAUUUGAAAUGGCACUUCAGGACCGAGUGAUGGAGGAAACAAAGGACAAGAAGAAUGCGGUGGAGGCUUACGUAUAUGACAUGAGAAAUAAGCUGAAUGACAAGUAUCAAGAAUUUGUGACUUCUCCAGAGAGAGAUGAAUUUAUUGCAAAACUACAGGAUGUUGAGGAUUGGUUGUAUGAGGAUGGUGAGGAUGAAACCAAGGGUGUUUAUAUUGCUAAGCUGGAGGAGCUCAAGGAGCAAGGUGAUCCCAUUGAGGAGCGUUACAAAGAGAACUCAGAGAGAGGACCAGCUAUUGAACAAUUUACCUAUUGUAUCAACAGUUUCAGAGAGGCAGCAUUCUCGAAUGAUCCUAAAUUUGAUCAUAUUGAUGUAGCUGAGAAACAAAAGGUGGUAAAUGAGUGUGGCGAAGCAGAGGCAUGGUUGAGAGAGAAGUGGCAGCAACAGGAAAGCCUCCCGAAAUAUGCUUCCCCUGUUCUGCUAUCAGCUGAUGUGAAAAGGAAAGCAGAAGCAGUUGACAGGUUCUGCAGACCUAUCAUGAUGAAACCUAAGCCAGCCAAGCCAUCAACUCCAACUGAGGCACCUUCACCUUCACCCCAGGGCAAUGAACCCCAAAGUAGCGAGUCUGGUAGUGAAAACAAAGAAGACAAUGGUGAGGCAUCGCCAACUGCUUCUGAGCCAAUGGAAACUGAAAAGUCAGAGGGUGCUAAAAAUCAUGCGUAAGUUAAUAGGGCAUUUGUUUUGUGAUUCAUUCGAGUCAAAGAUAGGUUCAUUUUGUAUUUUUAUCGUUUCAGUUCGGGUGUGGAUGAGGUCGAGGGUUGAUAUGGGAUUCCCUACUUCUAAAGAAUUAGUUAUCAUGUUUGAAUUUAUACAAACACCCGGUGGUCACCACCGUUUGUUAUUACACCUUACGAGGAAUCUCUAGAAUCCGGUUUUCAAGAGGGAUUUAAGAGAAAA